AUGUUUGCUCCCAAGUUAAUUGCUUCUUGGGUAACUACAGUUCUCUUGGGCAUCAGUGGGCUCAUCUCUAAUGGCUUUAUUGUUAAGAUGAUGAUCACUCAAUGGACCAAAUGCAGGAGCCUUGCAUCCAGUGAACAACUUUUUCUAAGCCUGGGUCUGUCCAAUUUGUGUGCAACAAUUGCCCUUUCUGUAUUCUACUUUGUUAUCAUUUUUGCACCAAGUUAUUUAACUUCUCAAUUAUCCUACUCCUUUGUCUUCUUUGCUGUGAUAUUCAGAUUUUGGCUCACUGCCUUACUGUGUUUCUUCUACUGCAUCAAGAUCGUGAACAGCACCCAUGCCCUUUUCCUUUGGUGCAAACUGAGGCUAUCAUGGCUAAUAAUGCGUUUCCUUGUGGGAUCUCUGCUCAUCUCCUUGUUUACUUUGAUUGUGACAUUCAGUAAUGUUUAUGUACUACCUCAAAAAAACAUGACAACCAAUGUGACAAGAAAGAGCCAAGAAAAAUCAAAAAUAGAAUAUUUCAUACGUUUUAAAUUGUUCUUUUCAACUAUUGGAUGUGUUGGUCCCCUGGUUAUGGUUUUCUUGUGUUCCUUUUUAGUUGUUGCCUCACUCUGUGGACAUGUCUGCCAAAUGAGAGGUAAAGAAUCCCAUUUGAGGAGUUUCCAGACAAAAGCUCAUAUCAAGGCAGCUGGGACAGUGCUCUCCCUCCUCUUCCUUUACAUUUUGUUUUUUGUGGCACAGAGCAGGAGUCUGACUGUGGAUAUGGGGGGAAAUGAAUCAUUCUUUGUCAAUACUCCCCCCAGUGUACUCUCCAGCUCAGGCUGCCAUCCUGAUUCUUACUAA